AUGCCGGCCAAGGGGCGCUACUUCCUUAACGAGGGCGAGGAGGGCCCGGGCCAGGACGUGCUCUACGAGAAGUACCGCCUCACCAGCCAGCACGGGCCGCUGCUGCUCACGCUCCUGCUGGUGGCUGUCACUGCCUGCAUCGCCCUCAUCGUCAUCGCCUUCGUCUGCGGGGACCCCUCUGGACACCAGACUGUCCUGGGGACGACCUUCUUCACACUUGCCGUGUUCGUGGUCCUCUAUGUGCUGGUAUAUGUGGAGUGCCUCGUCCGGCGGUGGCUCCGGGCCUCGGCGCUGCUCAUCUGGGUCUGCCUUAUGAUGCUGGGCUACGUGCUGGUGUUUGACUCGUGGAGGAAGACAACCCAUGUGGGAGCACAGGUGCCCUUCUUCCUGUUCAUCGUCUUCGUCGUGUACACGCUGCUGCCCUUCAGCAUGCAGGGGGCCGUCGUGGCGGGGGUGGUCUCCAGCAUCUCCCACCUCCUGACGCUUGGCGCCCUGAUGGGGGCCUUCACAACGCCCAGUGUCCGGGCAGGGCUGCAGCUACUGGCGAAUGCCGUCAUCUUCCUGUGCGGGAAUCUCACGGGUGCCUUCCACAAGCACCAGAUGCAGGACGCCUCCCGAGACCUCUUCACCUACACUGUGAAGUGCAUCCAGAUCCGUCGUAAACUGCGCGUCAAGAAGCGCCAGCAGGAGAACCUGCUGCUGUCGGUGCUGCCCGCCCACAUCUCCAUGGGCAUGAAGCUGGCCAUCAUCGAGCGGCUCAAGGAGCGCGGGGACCGCCGCUACAUGCCCGACAACAACUUCCACAGCCUGUACGUCAAGCGGCACCAGAACGUCAGCAUCCUCUAUGCCGACAUCGUGGGCUUCACGCAGCUGGCCAGUGAUUGCUCCCCCAAAGAGCUGGUGGUGAUGCUGAACGAGCUCUUCGGCAAGUUUGACCAGAUCGCCAAGGCCAAUGAGUGUAUGCGGAUCAAGAUCCUGGGCGACUGCUAUUACUGUGUGUCGGGCCUGCCCGUAUCGCUGCCCACCCAUGCCCGGAGCUGCGUGAAGAUGGGGCUGGACAUGUGUGAGGCCAUUAAGCAGGUGCGAGAGGCCACAGGUGUGGACAUCAGCAUGCGUGUGGGCAUCCACUCGGGGAACGUGCUGUGUGGUGUCAUCGGGCUGCGAAAGUGGCAGUACGAUGUGUGGUCCCAUGAUGUGUCUCUGGCCAACAGGAUGGAGGCAGCUGGAGUCCCUGGCCGGGUGCACAUCACCGAGGCCACGCUGAACCACCUGGACAAGGCCUAUGAGGUGGAGGACGGGCACGGGCAGCAGCGGGACCCCCACCUGAGGGAGAUGAACAUCCGCACCUACCUGGUCAUCGACCCCCGGAGCCAGCAGCCGCCCCCGCCCAGCCAGCACCUCCCCAAGCCCAAGGGGGAUGCGGCCCUGAAGAUGCGGGCGUCCGUGCGCAUGACCCGCUACCUCGAGUCCUGGGGGGCCGCGCGGCCCUUCGCGCACCUCAACCACCGUGAGAGCGUGAGCAGCAACGAGACCCCUGUCCCCAACGGACGGAGGCCCAAGGCCAUUCCCCUGCGGCGCCACCGGGCCCCUGACAGGAGUGCGUCCCCCAAGGGGCGGUCUGAGGACGACUCGUACGAUGAGGAGAUCCUCUCGGCCAUCGAGGGGCUUAGCUCCACGAGGCCCUGCUGCUCCAAGUCCGAUGACUUCUACACUUUUGGGUCCAUCUUCCUGGAGAAGGGCUUCGAGCGAGAGUACCGCCUGGCGCCCAUCCCCCGGGCCCGCCACUACUUCGCCUGCGCCAGCGUUGUCUUCAUCUGCAUCCUGCUCGUCCAUGUCCUGCUCAUGCCCAGGACGGCGGCCCUGGGCGUGUCCUUCGGGCUGGUGGCCUGUGUGCUGGGGCUGGUGCUAGGCCUGUGCUUUGCCCACGAGUUCCUGAGAUGCUGCCCGGCCCGAGGGACGUUGCAGGCCAUCUCCAAGAGCGUGGAGACCCAGCCCCUGCUGCGGCUGUCCCUGGCCGUCCUCACCAUCGGCAGCCUGCUCAGCAUCGCCAUCGUCAACCUGCCGCUGAUGCCUUUCCCAGGCAACCAGACGAGCUGGACGGAUGCGGGCAGCAGGGAGCCGGCCCUGUGCGAGCUCCUCCCGUAUUACGCCUGCAGCUGCAUCCUGGCCUUUGUCGCCUGCUCCGUCUUCCUGCGGAUGAGCCUGGAGCUGAAGGUCAUGCUGCUGACAGUGGCCUUGGUGGCCUACCUGGUGCUCUUCAACAUCUCCCCGUGCUGGCAGUGGGACUGCUGCGAUCAAGGCCUGGCCAAUGUCACCAAGACCAACGGCACCCUCAGCAGCUCCCCGUUCUGUUUGUGGAAGGACCCGAAGGCGAUGAUCGACUUCUACCUGGCUUUGUUUUACGUCACCCUCCUCAUGCUCUCCAGACAGAUUGACUAUUACUGCCGCUUGGACUGCUUGUGGAAGAAAAAGUUCAAGAAGGAACACGAGGAGUAUGAGACCAUGGAGAACGUGAACCGGCUGCUUCUGGAGAAUGUCUUGCCGGCCCAUGUGGCCGCGCACUUCAUUGGUGACAAGCUAAAUGAGGACUGGUACCAUCAGUCCUACGACUGUGUGUGUGUCAUGUUUGCAUCCGUGCCGGACUUCAAAGUCUUCUACACAGAGUGCGACGUCAACAAGGAGGGGCUGGAGUGCCUGCGUCUGCUGAACGAGAUCAUCUCCGACUUCGACGAGCUGCUCCUAAAGCCCAAGUUCAGCAGCGUGGAGAAGAUCAAGACCAUCGGCAGCACGUACAUGGCAGCUGUGGGGCUCAGCGUCCCCUCAGGGACUGAGAACCAGGACCUGGAGCGGCAGCACGCGCACAUCGGCAUCAUGGUGGAGUUCAGCAUCGCCCUGAUGAGCAAGCUGGACGGCAUCAACCGGCAUUCCUUCAACUCCUUCCGCCUGCGAGUGGGCAUAAACCACGGGCCUGUGAUCGCCGGGGUGAUCGGGGCACGGAAACCUCAGUAUGACAUCUGGGGAAACACGGUCAACGUCGCCAGCCGAAUGGAGAGCACUGGAGAGCUUGGCAAGAUCCAGGUUACUGAGGAGACGAGCACCAUCCUCCAGGGACUGGGUUACUCUUGCGAAUGUAGGGGACUGAUUAAUGUCAAAGGCAAAGGCGAGCUGAGGACUUACUUUGUCUGUACAGACACUGCGAAGUUCCAAGGGCUGGGACUGAAUUGAGGGCUUCUGCUAGGGGAACGUGCCGGAAGCGGGGAGCACCCAGACCCCCGCCAGGCCCAGGGGCAGUCGCUGCCCUGACAGACGGCUGUGUGUGGACUUGGACUUGUGCUAGAGGAUCUCUUGGAAUGUGCACCAGACCCCGGCCCGAGGCGACCACCGCACCUUGCCACACCCAGGCAGCUGGGACACACGUGGAGCCCCUGGGUACCAUGAGACCUCCGAGCAGGAGCUGGACACACACCCGGCCACAGCCCGCGAGCCGCCAGCGGGACUGGUCUUUCCUACGUCCAGAACCACGCUGAGUUGCCCGGGAUGGACUGGGCACGCCCCCCUUCUCCCAGCGGAGCAGCCACAGGACUGUAAAUCUCUCACACAGGCACCCCGGAAAAGAGCUGAAAGGGCGUUUUCCAUCUAGGGUUUCACACAGUAGGGUGAGAACACACGACAGACGCUUGCCACUGGUCCGCUCUGGCACGUGUCUGAUUUAAAUGGGUGUAUUAGUGGAGGUUCUAUCCUUUAUAAUGACUUCUUAGAUGCCAGACAAAAUCUCUUCCCUCCAGUGUGCGGUCUUUUUAACCACGGACAUAUGACCGCUGACGGGUCGGCGGGGCCGAAGAGCACGGCCGUCACUCGGCAGGACGGCGAGGAGCGGCGCAGCCCGGAAAGAAAGGCAUAGCCUCCUGGCCCUUUCCCUGAGCGGCGUGCGCACCUGGAACACCCUCCUGAGCUCCAUCCUGCUUCCUGUACUGGGAAGGAAUGGGGUCUUAUGUAGACAGAACGCAGCCUGCAGUGCUCCCUGCCUUUUCUUUAGUCCUCACAGCUCACCUGCAGAAGCUUCAGGAUGAAAAGCGCGUCCUCCACAAAUGCGCAAAGAGGUUCCAGCACCUGGGAAGCCAGCCCGCUCAGCCGCAGAGAUGGACUUGUUCUGAAUGGAAGGGAUCGAGUCAGAUGCAAAAAGCCAGGUUUUCAAGGCAUGUCUCACGUGCUGCAAUUCUAAAAGAAUCAGGUCAGCCUUUGCUGCGUUUCAAGGUUGAGAAGGAGCCAAACUGCUUGUUUCUCUUUCUGAAUCAGCUUCACCUCCGCCUCCCCAGAGCACACCUGGGGUUCACUGCAGAGCAGGGACGCCCAGCUGGGAGGCCUCCAGGAAGCCCCUGCAAGUACAGCAAAUCCAGCACAUGGAGACUUCAGAAGCUUACACAGUGCCGCAGCCAAGGGCAGGGAGGACCGGGCCUGAAGCCGCUGUCUGCGGGCUGACGCGCCUCGGAAGGGGCGUAUCUAAUUCUCACAGGGUGCCGGGGGCACCAGUGCAGGUCCGAGGUCUGAAUGUAACUGGAAUAGAUGUGAACGAAUUACAGGAACUUGCUGGAUACAGGAAUUUUGUGGCAAAAAUGCUAUUAAGGGGAAUAACUUUACUUAAACUGUUUCUGCACCAACUUCCCCUACGAAGGGCUGGUUUCAGGGCACUACCCUGAAAUCUGUACACUUAACUCAGCAGUGGCCUCCUGGGAAGUCAGGAAGGUUCUGCCCCUGAUCCGAAACAGACACACACAGGUGCACUGGGCCUCUCCAAGGUGGACGUUCUACUCUCUUAAUAUUCGAAUCACUUUGCUCUUCCAGCAACAGAAAUCCCAAUUAGGAGUUUAAAAAGUAGUUCCCAUAGGUUUUUAUUUCCAGUUCAAGCACUGUGCUCAGACAAGAGUAUUUUGGAGGUUUUUAGGUUUUCACGUGCAGAUCGUGGUGCAUGAUGGACCAUAAAAAGCACUCAGUUUUCAUCAGCCUGUUUUCCGGUCCCAAGCCCUUUCACCACUGGCGCCAUUUUGUCUUAGGACAGGACAAUUAUCUUUUCUAACACUGACCUUUUCUGGGGGUCAAGGGCUCGAUUAAGGGUGGACUCCCUGACUCUAGUGAAAAUCACACCUGACAUUCUCUGGUUUACUCAUUUAAGAUUUCCUAACAGAGAAGAAGAUCAUUAACCAGUUUCUACACUGUGUAUAUAACAGGUCAACGUACAGAAACAGGUUCUGAGGGUGCAACAACUAGCAAUGACUCUGCAUCCGAGUAUUGAUAGAUCUGUAACAUUUGUUUCAAAAUGUUGUAUUUCAUUUUUAUAAAGUACCAGUGUUUCUACUUUGUUUAGCAUUUCGUACAUUAAAUUAGCAAUGUGGAAAACAUGAAUGUCCUAGUGUUUUGAAUUUAAUAUUUUCUAGGUCUCUAGAUCUAAAGUUUAAGAAUUACUGCCUGAAUUAAACUCUAAAA